AUAACAGAGGAGCCCCAGCUCCGCAGCACGGGCUCAGUGUGCGUGGUUGUUGUCAGCGGCUGCUGCAUGAUGCGUGUAGUAGUUGUUGUUGUCAGGAGCAGUGCGCCUGCGCGGCCCGGGUGCAGCCUCCGCUCCUCUCCAGUGAGCGCCGUGCGGGCUGCUGCUGGCGGCUGCGGUGGGACCAGGUGCUGGAUAUCGCCGGAGCGCAGCUGUGAGGGGGCAGAUCUGUCCUUUCUACCUUCAUGCCCCCCUCCCCAACAGCACCCCAUCCUCUGAUCAGCGCCUCACCCCUCCACCCCGUCCCCCAACCCGACUAUGCACCUCUCCCCGCUCCACGCCACCCCACGGCUCUAGCUGUCCUUUCCCCACCCUUCCCUCGGCUGAGCUGCCCCCGUCAUGUCCCCCCAGCAGAGGGAGGCGAUAUACUCGAGGUCGGGGUAAAGGCCUAGUCUGCAGAGCUCCUUCCGUCCUCCUGCUUCCACCCCUCCCCACCUCGCUCACUCGCAUACACACACACCGAGCCCAGCAUCAGCAGUCAUCAUGGCAGAGGAGCAACAACAGGCAGCGAAGAAACAGCGGCCCGAGCAGCCCCAGCUGCCCUCCUCUGCAUCAGGGGCACUGCCAGCCCUGGUGACAGGACUGCAAGGGACAGAGGCCAAUGCACUGCAACAGAAGAUCAAGAACUCCAUCUGUAAAUCCAUACAGUCAAAAGCGGACUGCAUUUUGCAAGAAGUUGAGAAGUUUACAGAUCUUGAGAAACUCUACCUCUACCUCCAACUGCCUUCUGGUCCUAGCAAUGUGGAGAAAAGUGAUCAGAGCUCAUUGUCAUCUAGCCGAGCUCAGCAAACUCAUGCUUUCUCUUGGAUUCGGAAUACCUUAGAGGAGCACCCAGAGACUUCGCUGCCAAAGCAAGAGGUCUAUGAUGAAUAUAAGAGCUAUUGUGACAAUCUUGGCUAUCACCCACUAAGUGCUGCUGACUUUGGAAAGAUUAUGAAAAACGUGUUUCCAAACAUGAAGGCACGUCGCCUGGGCACAAGAGGCAAAUCUAAGUAUUGCUACAGCGGGCUGAGGAAGAAGGCGUUUGUGCACAUGCCAUCACUGCCCAACCUGGACUUCAACAAAACUGGAGAUGGGCUGGAUGGAAUGGAGGUAUCGGCUCAGCUGCAGAAUGCGGAUGAAGAAGUUGUGUCUGCAGCUUGCCGUCUGGUUUGUGAGUGGGCGCAGAAGGUCCUCAGUCAGCCAUUUGAUUCAGUUUUGGAAUUAGCACGUUUUCUCGUUAAAAGUCACUACAUUGGCACUAAAUCCAUGGCAGCUUUAACUGUAAUGGCAGGUGACUCGGCAGGAUUAAAAGGAAUAACACAGGCAUCUGCAUUUGUACCUAUGUCUGAAAGCAAUGCCUUCCAUCCUCAAGUGAAGACCUUAGCUUCCCCUGUAGAUGCUAAACAACAGUUACAGCGGAAAAUCCAGAAGAAACAGCAGGAACAAAAACUUCAGUCGCCUUUACCAGGAGAAUUGCACAUGAAGAAACAAGACGGACCUGCUCCCAAUGGAAUCACUAGCAUCUGUAACGGAAGCCCUGCAAUCCUCUCUCCACAGCCUAUUGGAAUUGUUGUGGCAGCUGUUCCUAGCCCAAUUCCGGUACAAAGAAACCGGCCACUUGUGACCUCGCCUAGUCCCAUUGGCUCAUCUGAGGGGAAGGUUCUGCCACUCAACGUUCAAGUAGUUACCCAGCAUAUGCAGUCUGUAAAGCAGUCGCCAAAGACACCCCAAAAUGUUCCAGCAAGCCCUGUUGGUGAUCGAUCUGCUAGACAUCGCUACCCUCAAAUUUUGCCUAAGCCAGCCAGUUCUAAUGCAUUGACGAUCCGCUCACCCACCACUGUGGUUUUCACCAGUAGCCCAAUUAAGACCGUUGUGCCAGCACCACAUGUCAGCUCUCUGAACGUUGUAAAGAUGACAACAAUAUCACUUGCCCCUAGCAAUGCUAGCCCUUCACUGAAACAACCCCAACCUGUAAAUAGCAACGGAGGCUCAGUAGAUGAUAAUAGGUCUGUGCCACAAAUCAAAAAUGGCUCUGUAGUUUCACUGCAGUCUCCUGUACCGAGGAUAGGCACACCUGUUGCAUCGUUAAUAGAGGUUAAAACAGAGCCUGAAAUACUGACAGGGGAAAACCAGGUACAGUUGCAAGAGAACACAGAUGGUUCCAAAUCCAGAAAAGGUACCCCUGUGAUGUCUUUCAUACCCAAAGUCAUUCAGGAGAAACUGACUCAAGGUGACACUCAGACUGUCAGAGGCCUUGAUCAGAGAGCAGAAGGAACAAGGACCAAAUGCAAAAGCCGUUCAGUUGAAGGUGCUCCUGUUUUCUCAGCAAGCAGCAGUCAAGGCACUGUGACGUUCUGUGUUGCACCCCAGAGUUUAUUUAACAAUAGCCCCAGUCCAAACACUAAUACUGACCCGGCUGGAAAAGACAUUAGACUGUCUAACAAAAGUCCAAGAAAACGUUUGACUGCUUCACAGCAGGACAUGCAGAUACCACCAGCGAAAAAAUCACUUAUUGGGCAGAUGUCUUCUGUCACUGCUGAAAGUCAGAGGCCAGGAGGAGGGGUUGCUGUUAAGAAAAUUCAAAAAGCACUGGCCGCAAAGAGUGAUAAUACAGUAACUGUUGCUCUAAUAGCCAGCAAAGGCUCUCAACCAGGGAAUAAUACUGAAAUGGUGGCAAAUUAUUCCUUGAACUGUGUUAUGGAAAAGGCCUCUGAUUCCCCCGAAGAACUUAUGGCUACGUCACAGGACCUUAAGGUAAAACUAGAAGGCAGUGUCUUUAAGUUUGUGAGUGAUUCAAAGUCAGAGAACCCUUUUAAUCAAAGUGCAUGGCAAGAGAUUGCUGAAAGUUCAGAUUUCACAUCUGGAAACUGUGAGCAGCCUCAAAGGAUUGGCGUUAUGGAUAUUCCAGGAACUUCUGGUGCUAAUAACAUGCAAAAAACUGUUUGGGAAGCAGUGGACUUUGAAGGACUACAACAGGACGCUUACAGCCAGCAACUUGAGGAUUCGUCUUUGAAUCAGCUACAAGCACAUUCUUCUAACCAGUUACCUCGGCGCUCUGAUCUGUCAGAUCCGCCUACAAAUGACAAUUUCUUUUCAUUUGAUGAUGAUCUCACACAGGACAGCAUUGUUGAGGAACUGGUGCUUAUGGAGGAGCAAAUGUCAAUGAACAACAAUUCUCAGAAUUAUGGUACUUUAAGUAUGGUGCUCCAAAACCAAGCAACGGCUGCCCAUGGUACACCAGUACCCACCCAUUCAAGCAGUGCUCACUUCUACCAUUCAGUACAUAGCAGUGGUACUCCAGUUCACACACCUACUCCAACACCCACUCCAACUUUAACCCCAACACCCACAUCAGAGAUGAUUUCUGGCACUCAGAGCUUGUCAAGAGAGAGUCCAUGUUCUCGAUUAGCUCAAACAACACCUGUAGAUAGUGCUCUAGGCAGUAGCCGACACACACCAGUUGGGACCCCACAUUCUAACUGCAGUAGCAGUGUUCCUCCAAGUCCAGUUGAAUGCAGGAAUCCUUUUGCAUUUACCCCUAUUAACUCCAGCAUCUCUUAUCAUGAUGCUAGCAUUGUUUCGAGUAGUCCUGUUAAACCAAUGCAAAGGCCCAUGGCUACUCACCCAGACAAAACUAAGCUAGAGUGGAUGAAUAAUGGCUAUAGCUCUGUUGGCAACUCUUCUGUUUCUAGUCAUGGCAUUCUUUCAACUUAUAAGGAGCUAGUGGAGGACAGUUUCAGAAAGCCACAUGCUUUUGCCGUGCCUGGUCAGUCAUAUCAGUCUCAGACGAGGCAUCAUGACAAUCACUUUGGACGUUUGACCCCUGUGUCUCCAGUUCAGCAUCAGCUAAGCAGUACCAGCAAACAGGAGGGUUUUGCCGUUCCCGCUCCUUUAGACAGCAAAGGAACAGGUACAUCGGGAAACAACAAUUUCAGGUGUCGUAGUGUCAGCCCAGCUGUUCACCGCCAACGUAAUUUAAGUGGAAAUACAAAUUGCACUGCUUCAAAUAAUGCUCCACGAUCUAAUGUGACUGCUUUUGGCUCUGUAGUUGCUCAAGAAGUCCAUAAUAUACUUACAAAUGUCCAAUCAGACACCAGUGCCAACAGCAUAGCGCAAAGAAGUCAGUCAGUCCCCUUAACCUUAAUGAUGCAAACUGCUUUCCCAUCGCUGCAGAAGCAGAACAACACACAGAAUAUCACCCAUGUUUUAUUAAACAAACUGGAUUCUGACCGUGAUGAUGCAGUUCGAGGGUUGGGAAUAAACAAUAUGCCUUCUAACUAUACUGCAAGAAUGAAUCUCACUCAGAUUUUGGAAACAUCUCCCAUGUUUUCUGGUGCCAAUCAACAAAAUAUGAUGAAUUCCAGCACUUCAGCUUAUGAAUUCCAAACGCCAGCUUACCUCACGAAAAACAGCAGUACUGAUUCAAUUGGUUUUACUACUGGAGACAGCCAAGCACAAUCUGAAAUUGGAGAGCAGCAGCUCGAUUUCAGUAGCACUGUUAAAGACCUGCUAGAUGGAGAAAGCCUCCAAACUAACCAGCAACUUGUUGUUCAAGUGGCUUCAGAUUUGAACAAUGCCUCUGAUUUCUCCAAUGACAUCCGGUUGUCUUCUGAACUCUCAGGCAGCAUCAAUGAUCUGAACACUCUAGAUCCAAACCUGUUGUUUGAUCCAGGUCGACAACAUGUACAGGACGAUGAAGCUACACUGGAGGAGCUGAACAAUGAUCCCUUGUUCCAGCAGAUCUGUAAUGAAUCUAUUAAUUCCAUGACCUCAUCUGGAUUUGAUUGGAUAGAGAGCAAAGACCAUCCUACAGUUGAAAUGUUGGGUUAAACUUGUACUAUAAUGUAGCACACUGUAUCAAAACAAAAAAGGCAGACGUUGUAUUUGUCUUAAUAGAAGUGCCUCCCGCAGCAGAAACAUUUAUAAUUAUGAGCUUUUGAAAAGUUUUGCUGCACAGGUUCUCUAUAUGUCAUCUUGUUCUCAACAUGAUAAUCAUUUAAUCUGCAGUACAUGGCCAGUUGGCGAGCCAGUAUUAAGUCCAUUUUUGUGUUUUUGGUUUUGUUUUUUUUGUCCCUUCUGGUAUGAUUUCAUUUUAGCUGACAAAUUCAUAUCUUGCUACACUAAUUAAAACAUGAUUUUAUUCUAAUAUUUUUAAGCUAAAUCUAGAACUUGCUGCUUACAUGUAUAAAGUUUGGUUGUAAGCAAUGAGUUGGCCACUUCAUUUUUUUUAAAGUAUGGUGACAUGGGUACCCACAUGAAUUACCAUAUCAUUUGUGGCAUAUGUUAGUUUUUAAGCAAAGAAAAUAAAAUAGAAUUUGUAUCCCAUUAAGGACUAAUAACUUCAAACAGCAGUUACAUUAAUAUAAAUGCACUAAAAUGUGUUGGGGUUUUGUUUGUUUUUUCAGUUUUUUUUUAUCAUUUAAACACAUAUGACCUCAUAUGACCUUUUUUAUUUUAUUUUUUUAUUUAAUGGAUUUUUUUCACAUGAGCUAAAAAUAUAAAUAUUUUCCAGUGAGGGUAAGGAAGGAGUGGAUUCGACAAAGGGGCAGUAGAAAGCGAGCUGGUAUUAAACCAGAUAAUACUGCCAUGCAGCCUACUCACCUGAACUGGAAUGGUAACUGAUAUUAAGCUCUGAUGUUUCUAAUAUCUGUACAUAUUAGAAAGUGUGUAUUUGUUGCAUGUGUUUAUUUUCACAGAAAAGUUGCAAAUGGACUACAAAUACCAUUGCGGUUCUUACUCCGUUUUUACCUAAGAUGCUUGCAUGCACCACAGUGGCUGCCCUCCUUUUAUAGUUAGGGUGUAAAGGCAUUCAUUUGGAACAUCAAAUCUAGAACCUAGGAAAAGGGGUUCCCUUUGAAGAUAUCCUUCAUAUUUUUUUAACAUUUUUUUGCAUAAGUCACUUUCUUAUCUCACGUAUCCAAGAUGGCUGUUGGGUUAGAGAGCAUACUUCUAUGACUUUUACAACCAAACAUGCAUUUCAGAAUUAAGAAGCAGUCCUGAAAAGGUUUUUUUUUGUUUGUUUUGUUUUUGUAAUGCAUGUUAAACAAUUUUAGCUAUGUGUACAAGCUUGGAUAUGCUCAAACUUCCUAAACCCAUGUUCUAUCUUUGGCAGCACUUCACAAAUUACUUCUGAAGAAUAACAUAACCGAAUACUUACCAACUGCAGCGCUGGCCCAGUCCAUAAUCUAAUGGAAGUUUUAUAGUUGUAUAGCAUAUUAAAUAUGAUUGUGGUUUUAUCUCUGCCAGUUUCUGUUGCUUUGGAUAAAAAAAAAUAAAAAAAACCAGAGGAAAAAAAUGCAAAACCAGACAACUAUCAUUGUGUAUCAUCUUACCAAAAGGUGCUAUGGCCAACUCAGAGCUCUGUAAACCUGAUUGUGAUAGUGAGUUUACUUGGCUGUUCUGUGUUUUUGCUGGUAUUUUAAAAUGUAUUUAUUUCUUUUAAAUACCUGCUCUUAGUACUUGUUACAUUGAGAUGGAGCACUAUUGCGUACCAAAGUAUUAUAAGGAAAGAAACCCAAAGGAUAAUUUGUUAUAUUUUGGUCUAAGCAGGCAUUUAUAAUACAACCUGUGAAAAUAUGUCAAGGGUAUUUGGACCAUAGCUAGUAAUUCGCAGUUUAUCCUAUAGUCGUUACAAUUAUUAUAAUCCUUAAAUCAAUUUCCCGCUAGAUUAGUGUGCAGUAUUUGCUGAAUGUGUGAUGUAGGCUGUUCUUGCGGUGAAAGAAUGAUGUUAGUUUUGCUAGCGUUGGAAAAAUCGUCGUAAAGUCAAAUUGGCAAUGCAAACACUUACAAUCUUGAUGAGAGGCAUUUUAUCUCCUCGCUCUGCCUGGAAACUAAUUAAGAAAGGUUUUAAACUUCCUGUUAUAGGGGCAGUUCUUGGAACAGAAGCAAAGAAUCACAAACAAGUUCUCAGGUUCACUUAUUGCACUAUACUUCUGCUGAACCUGUGGCACGGCACCUCUUUUUGGAUAAAUGCAACUAUUUUGCCCCAGAGUUAGACAAAAAAAAAAAAAAAAAAAACCUUAAAAAAAUAGUUAUGAAUUUCAUUCUAUUAAGAAGAAAAUACAGAAUGUCAUAAAAAUGACAUACAAUUGUCUUAUGUAGCAAUGUGCAUUAAUCUCAGUGAGAUAUUUCUAUUUCUUAUUCUCUUACAUGAGAAUAUUACAGCAGGAAGAAAUUAAGUUUUAGUUGCUUCACCGUGUUAAUACAUGAUCACAAAAUGUGCAUGUGUGUAUUACCUUGUACAGUCUCAGUAUAUUCCUGUAACCACUUUUUGCUGUAUUAAAUACUUGUUCUGUGUUGACCAGGCAAACUUAGUUAUUCACAGGUUAUUUCCUUUUUAUGUUUACUAACUCAGCUUCGUUAUUGUUAAAUAUGUUUUUCUGAAGGUUUUUUUUGUUAUUUUUUUUUUUUUUUACUGUUUUAAUGUUUUAAAACUGAAAACUAAAUAAAUGACCUUUGUAUCAUGAUAUACAGCAUCAUGAAAAUAAUCAUUUUGCAAAAGGCUGCAAUACUCAGACCUUUGGACUAUGAAAGGGAGAUUAUCGUAUGCAUUGCAUCUGAGUCACUGUACAGACCCAACAUAAUGUGCGUUAUCUGCAGCACAUAACGGAAACAAUCGCCUUUCAUCUUUUCAUAUUCCUCAAGUAAAAAAGAAAAAGAAAAAAAUUACCCCCUGUUUUGUUGUCUGUUGUACUGCUGAAACUACAGUAGUUUAAAAUUGCAGUAGAUUUUCAGUUAUGUUUUUUUAUGGAAAGUGCUCAAAAUUGUUUUUUUAAUGU